GUCUUGUUUGGCCGUGGAUUUAUAUGGUGGACAACGAAAAGCUGAAAGAACAUCAUCUCUUCCUGUAUCUAUGUUUCUCUCUUUAAAACCUCUACUACUUCGUCUCUGUAUUACUUGGCCUUCUUCAAAGGACAGUAAAAGAGAGAAAGAGAGUUAGAGAGAGAGAAAGAGAAAGAGAGUUAGAGAGAGAAAGGGAGUGGACUACAGAGCACAUCCGCGCACGGUGGCGCUUGACCCCUCUUGUUCGCUCUGGUUCGUUGAUGGAUUCUUCUUUCUUUACUUUCUCUCUUAUCGAACUUCGCUUUCUUCCUACGGCAUCCCAUUAGAUAGAGAGAGGAAGAGGAACAGGAGAGAAGAAAAGAAAGAACGUUGAUUCUGGGAAUUUACUUUCUCUCUCUAUAACUCUGGCGAACCUUAAAGAAAACCUAGCGUUCCUCAUCUCUUCAAUUUCAUCUCGAUUAGAGGAACUACACUUGGAUUUCAAAUCGACGAAGAAAAAGAGGAAAGGGUUUCACCGCGCGAAAAUGCUCUGGAUUAUGCGAUUCUCAGGGUUCUUCUCCGCAGCAAUGGUGAUGAUCAUCCUCUCUCCUUCUCUGCAAUCGUUCCCGCCCGCCGAGGCCAUCAGAUCGUCUCUGCAAAACUCGCGCAAUCACAUCGCGUUUCGAAAAUCAUCCACAUUCCGUAAUGCCGAGCAAUGCGGCUCCAAAUUGGGGAAAACAAGCGUCGUCUGCGAUCCAGCUCUAGUUCAUGUCGCCAUCACUCUCGACGUCGAGUACCUCCGCGGCUCAAUCGCCGCCGUCCAUUCGAUUCUGCAGAAUUCAAUGUGCCCGGAGAGCAUCUUCUUCCACUUCCUCGUCUCCGACACCAAUCUCGAAACCCUAGUCCGAUCCACCUUCCCUCAGUUGAAGUUCAAGGUCUAUUACUUCGAUCCGAAGAUCGUACGCAGCUUGAUUUCGACUUCUGUGAGGCAAGCGCUCGAGCAGCCUCUCAAUUACGCGAGGAACUACUUGGCCGAUCUUCUCGAGCCAUGUGUUCGGAGAGUGAUAUACUUGGACUCCGAUCUGGUCGUCGUCGACGACAUCCUGAAGCUGUGGACGACGAGGUUGGGGAACAAGACGAUCGGAGCGCCGGAAUACUGCCACGCCAACUUCACGAAGUACUUCACGGCUGGGUUCUGGUCGGACGAGCGAUUUUCCGGCGCGUUCGUCGGGCGGACGGCGUGCUACUUCAACACGGGGGUGAUGGUGAUAGAUCUGGUGAAGUGGAGGCGGUUCGGGUACACGAGGCGGAUCGAGCGGUGGAUGGAGAUCCAGAAGAGGCGCCGGAUCUACGAGCUCGGGUCGCUGCCGCCUUUCCUGCUGGUGUUCGCGGGAAACGUGGCGGCGAUCGAGCACCGGUGGAACCAGCACGGGUUGGGAGGUGAUAACGUGCGUGGGAGCUGUAGGGAUCUUCAUCCUGGUCCGGUGAGCCUGUUGCAUUGGAGUGGGAGUGGGAAGCCGUGGCUCAGGCUCGACUCGAACCAGCCGUGUCCAUUGGAUGCUCUUUGGGCACCCUAUGACUUGUAUGGUCAAUCCACUUAAUUGUGGACUGGCUGGCGAUUUGUAUUCUAAUUGUCCUAUGAUUGAUGCCUUUGAGAAUACAAGUAAAUGGAAGAGGGAUUCAAUUCGGUUUUGUC